GCUUCUCCGCUCGACUGUACUCGCCAGUGAAUGAAACACGAAAAUAGGAAGUGCAGUGGACGGUUAACCUUUAGACACUGUUGUCAAUGACUGUACUUUUCAAUUGAUGGAUGGUUCAUUAGAUUUUUAGAAUUCAGUUUUGUGUGCUGUGGAAAGUUUUCACGGACUGGGUUUUCUUGCCGAUGCCCGGAAAUCAAGCCGGCGAUCACGUAGCAACAAUUAAGUCGCUCAAGGAGUCAAGAGCGUGAGGUGACGACACUUUCACCGGUAGCGCACGCAUCGGCAGCUUGGAGACUGGCGCAGUUCCCACGGUGAAACCGUGCGACGGAAAACCGCGGGAAAAUGCUCGUCACCCAUAGACAACAGAGGCUGACAUGUCACAGAUGAUCAACGAUAUCGAUUAUUAUGAGUGCCAGGGUCCGUUCAGAAACCUGGGGGGUGCCCAGGGUCCGGUUAAAACAAUGCAAAUUCCUGUGGUGGUUCUUAGCCGCAUGUUUUACACAAGCUGUGACUGCGAAUCGACCGCCUCGGUUCCUCAUAGAUGGACAGUCAGAAAUAGUAGUAAGACUGAAAGAAGGUCCUGAUACACCAGUUGGUAGCCUAAUAUACCGACUGCGGGGCAUUGACCCCGACGGCGAUCCGUUGAAGUUUGGAUUAAGAGACCAACAUGGUAGCGAUAUUAUAAGAUUAGAAGCCAUUUCGUCCAACGAAGCAAAUAUUUAUUUAGUUAAGGAAUUAGAUAGAGAGAGUCGAGAUGAGUACGCUUUUGUAUUAACCCUCACCGAUGGUCUUUUAGGGGAGGGCAACUUUGUCACCCAAAGUCUAUUAAUUUUAGUAGAAGAUACGAACGACAACGAACCCAUAUUUAGACCUUACCCGUCAGCAAUCACUGUGAAAGAAGACGCUUCCCCCGGCAUUCUGGCCACAGUUGAAGCCACAGACUUAGAUGAAGGAGCUUAUGGACAAGUGCUUUACCAUUUACAAGAACUCGACGGAGAUGAAGACAAGUUUUCCGUGCAAACUGUGAACGGAAAAGGCGUUUUGCGUCUCACUCAACGUUUGGAUUACGAGCGAAAAUCUUUAUACCAACUUCGCGUUCUCGCGGUCGACCGUGCCAAUCAGGGAAGAGUCAAUACCGGGACAGCGGCUAUUCUGGUGAAGGUCCAGGAUGUGGAGGACCAGCCGCCGGAGUUUGUGGUCGCGAGUCCCGUCACCAGAAUUAGCGAGGAUGCACCAGUCGGCUCGCCAGUGUUGCAAGUGCGAGCUAUUGAUGGAGACAGGGGAAUCAACAACCGUAUAUCCUACAGUAUCAUCUCUGGCGGUGAAGACCACUUCGACAUCGACAGCAGCUCUGGCAUUGUUUACACCAUCAACCCCCUGGACAGAGAAGACCCGCAGAACAGCAAUGGAGCUUAUAUUUUGGAAAUAUUGGCCACCGAGGAGUCUCGCCGCGUGUCACCCAUGCCGAGCACCAGCACCGAGGUGACCAUCAUAGUGAUGGACGUCAACGACGAGGCCCCGCAGUUCCGCAGCGAGAAGUACAUAGGAGAGGUGCUGGAGAAUGCUCAGCAGAAUACUCCGAUUGCCUUCCUGCAGGAUGCUAUACCGGAAGUGUUUGAUUUUGAUCAGGGUAAAAAUGGUACAUUUGAACUGUACCUAGAAGGUGAUAAUGGUGUGUUUGAAGUGACUCCAUUCAAGGGCAUCAAUGAAGCAUCGUUUCUAAUCAGAGUCAAUGACCCCGCAGCUCUGGACUAUGAAAGAGUGACUGUCAUGAACUUCAGCCUGGUUGCUAAGGAAAUUGUAGCAAAUGAACCUAAAAUGAGCGUUGUCCCAAUAAUGGUCCACAUAAAGGACGAGAACGACAACUUCCCCGAGUUCACCGAGCCGGUCUACUCCGUCUCCAUACCUGAAGACUCCGGGGCUGGCACCACCGUGGCGUGGGUGCAGGCGCUGGAUCAGGACUCUGACAGUUAUGGCACUCGCGGCAUCCGCUAUACGGGUCUCAGUGGGGCCGUCGCCGGCAACCUGAACCUCAACCCCGUAUCCGGCGUGAUAACAGUAAAGCAAGGCGGAGAUAGCUUCGAUAGAGAGCUAGCAUCCACCCACUACCUCACAGUAGAAGCAAGAGACGAUCUGGGCAGAGGCAAUAGGAAUACGGUGCAACUGAUCAUACAUAUAGAGGAUGUGAAUGACAACGCUCCGAUAUUCUUAGCCAAUAAAUAUGAAGCGAGACUGUUAGAAAAUGAGAAGCAGUUUGAGAAUCCGCUGGUUUUGGAGGCGAGGGAUAUGGAUUUGAAUGGCACAAAGAACAGCCACAUAGAGUACUCGCUAGUGGGCGGCGAGCUCCGAGACAACUUCACUAUAGACCCGACUCUCGGGGUCGUGUCUCCGCGCGGCGGGAUCGACUUCGAGCAACUGCCGGGGGAUAAUAGCAACAUACGACCGAUACAUCUCACUGUCAGAGCCCGUGAUUUCGGCACACCAUCCCUAUCAUCCACAGUGCCGGUGACGAUCUACGUGCAAGACGUCAACGACCACGCGCCUCUGUUCCAGCAGAUGAUCUAUAAGCGUGCCAUACCGGAGGACAUGCCUGGCGGGACUAGUGUUCUUGAGGUGAAAGCCCGCGACAACGACGGCUCAUCCCCCAACAACCUCAUAGUCUACCGCAUACAACGAGGCGCCGGCGACAAGUUCGUGAUAGACCCCGGGACGGGGGCCGUGUCCGUGGCCGGCGGGGCGACGCUCGACCCGGACAAGACCCGGCCCAAGAGCAGCCGCUACACGCUCACUGUGGUGGCGUUAGACGGCGGUAUAGGCGACCAACAGCUGAGCGCGGCGGUGCUAGUGAACAUAUCCAUAGUGGAUGUGAACAACAAACCGCCGGUGUUCGUCGAACCCGGGACGAUUAGCGUGAAGGAAAAUACUCAGGUGGGAACAAUAAUCUACCGCGCCGAAGCGCACGACCUAGACGACCAGCCUGUACUACGCUACUCGAUAGACAGAGACAACAGUAUCGCGAGAGACGAGGAUGGAGUGUUGGUGCCGCCUACUGACUAUGAUUAUGUGUCGCUGUUUGAUCUGAACAAUGUGGAUGGCAGUUUGAGGGUUGCCAGAAUAAUCGACCGGGAGCGCAUAGAGAUGGUGAAGCUAGUUCUAACAGUACAAGACAUGGCGGCUCUAGACUCGGGCCCGCCUCAGAAAGCCUCCGCCACACUCACCAUAAUGAUCGAGGACGAAAACGAUAACAACCCGAAGUUCAGGAAACCGUUCUACAAGAGCUCUAUAACGGAGAAUUCUAAGAAUGGCGUCAAUAUUGCUACGGUUGUGGCGGAUGACGCGGAUAAGAAUCGCACUAUGACGUAUUUUCUGGAAGGCCCAGAGAACCUAACAAGCCUAGUGCAUCUAGACAGCAAGACUGGCGAGAUCGUAGUAGCUAACCGUAUAGACCACGAGGCGUGUUCCUACAUGAACUUGACAGUGACAGCUGUAGACAGCGGCCAGCCUGCGCGCCGCGCCGCCGUCGACCUGUUUAUACAGGUCCUAGACGAAAACGACAACAACCCUUACUUCCCGCCCUCCCCCUCUUCAUACAUUAUCCCGGAGAAUGCCGCCCCAGGGACCGUGGUGGCGACCAUCGCGGCAAACGACGCCGACAGCGCCGACUACAGCAAGAUCACCUAUCUACUGGACCGAGUGUCUACUCAGGGUAAAUUCCUAAUCAACGCUGACACGGGCACAGUGACAGUAUCCGACUACUUGGACCGGGAGACGCAGGCCACAUACAACCUUGUCAUAGAGGCGUGGGACAACUACCAGUUCGGAUACCUGAGCGGCGAGAGCAGGAACGCGUUUAAACAGAUCGUAGUCCACAUAGAAGACGUGAACGACAACGCUCCUAUCCUGCAACUGCCGCCAGACUGCACCACUGUGACGGAGUUCCACAAACACCGGGAGCCAAUCACGAGCGUCCGCGCCACCGAUGCAGACGACACGGCCACGCCCAACGGACGAGUGCAGUUCCAUCUGGUGGGAGGGAAAGGGCACGACCUAUUCCGCUUCGAGCAAGUGGGCGGCGACGCCAACACCGGCCGUCUCUUCGCCAAGCAACCACUGAAGGACAGAUUUGGCAACUACACCCUAAUAGUGGAGGCUAGAGACCUGGGCACGCCGGCGAAUGUGGCGCGCGGAGAGCUGAGAGUCUGUGUGACGGAUUAUAACGACCACGCGCCCGUGUUUCUUUAUCCGCCGCAGAAUGUCACCGUUAAGGUGCCUGAGAACGCAACCAUCGGCACAACAAUCCUAGAAGUGCACGCGAUAGACGGCGACAUCGGCAGCAACGGUGCGGUGCGGUAUCGCCUGCGUCAAGACGCGGGCGGCGGCUGGCGCGCCUUCUCCGUGCAGGCGACCAGCGGCGCGCUGAGGACCACCGUGCCGCUGGAUCGGGACAAGCAGACUGUAUACCAGCUACGCAUCGAAGCAUACGACCUCGGCAUACCGACCCCACUAAGCUCAGACUUGGACCUCACCAUCUACGUACAAAACGUCGACAACUACCGUCCGCGAUUCCCGGAGAGAAAUCUCCAACUCAACUUCACGGAAAACGGUCAACCGGCUGAGAACAGUGUGUAUUUGCCCACCGUGAUAGAGAGAGACCCUAUUGAUAGAGGGGAUGAGCCGAUUCUGCCGGUUUGCUAUUAUAUUGUGGAGGGGAAUGAAGAUGGCGUGUUUGAGCUGCUGAGGGAUUCGCACAGACUAUCAGCAGUGAAACCUCUAGACCGCGAAGCGACAUCGUCCUACAACCUAACGGUCCUAGCCACUGAAGACUGCAUCAACGUGCCCACAUACGACGAGUCCACAGACGCAGUCAGCGCUAUCAAAGUACAGAUUAACAUAAACGAUGUGAAUGAUAACCCGCCCAAGUUUGUUAGUAACAUAUUCACUGGAGGAAUUACUACGGAAGCGGAUUUUGGGAUCGAGUUUAUGCAUGUGAAGGCGCUAGACCCAGACGACGGUGACAACGCCAAGAUCUCCUACUACCUAAUGGGCGAGGUGACCAAGACUCUCACUGAAGGGCUGGAGAACCUAGCAGUGUCCCCGUUCCUCGUCAAUGUGGACACAGGGGCCGUCAGCUUGAACUUCGACCCGCAGAAGGGAAUGAAAGGCUAUUUCGAUUUUAGGGUACUAGCAAACGACACCGGCGGCCUCACAGACGAGGCACACGUGUUCAUCUACCUACUCCGUGAAGACCAGCGAGUACGCUUCGUCCUCCGCGCGCACCCAACAGAAAUCCGCGACCGUGUCCGCACAUUCCGCCACACCCUCGCCCAAGUCACCAACAACGUCGUCAACGUAGACGAUAUACGGGUCCACGAGAACAAGGACGGAUCCGUGGAUAAUACUAAGACGGAUCUGUACAUGCAUUUGGUGAAUGGGGUCGACCAUUCGGUGCUGGAGGUCGAUCAGGUGUUGCAGCUGGUUGAUAAGAAUAUUGAGCAGUUGGAUGAUCUGUUUAAGGACUUCAACGUGCUCGACACGCAACCGGCAGAAUACCAGCUGCUGACGUCAGAGUCCCUCGCGUCCACACAGACGGUGUUCUGGCUGGGCUGGACCACGCUGCUGCUCGGGGUCGCCCUUCUGCUGAGCGUCAUGAUGUGCUUGUCGCAACGCGCCGACUAUUUGAGACGGCUGAAGGCGGCCACGGCUACUGCUAUAUCAUCCCCGAUAGCGGGCGAGUCCGACAUGACUCUGCGCAGCUCCGGCGGCCGCGUGCCCAACACCAACAAACACAGCACUAAGGGCUCCAACCCGAUCUGGCUGCACGCCUACGAAAACGACUGGUACAAAAACGACGACCAAAUCAGCCGCUCGGAACGCGAUUCGCUCGACGAAAACGCCGUAGAUCAAGAUCUUUCCAACGAGAAGCCCUAUUUCAUAACCACGGCCGCCUUCCCCUCCAUAGAGACGGAGGGCGACGCGCAAACCAACCAAGCGACCUACGAUUUCUACCAGCAACUCGAGCAGAUGAAAAACGCCAAAAAUAUGGAAACUACCGAGUUGUAAUUUUGGAUUAACUAGUUGAGAUAAUACUUAUAUAAGUACAUAUGAAUAAAUAACCGUACUGACUUAAAUAAAUAUACUAAGGACAAGGCCCCAUUGCUGCGUUGCGGUGCGGUUUUCCAUUUUUAUAACCUGACCCUGAAAGAUAUAUAACUAGAAUACAACGCAGCGUGGCGACUAGUUAAGUAUGUCUGUGUGGUCUGAUAUUGUGUGUAUGAUACCUUAGUUGUAUUUGUAAAUAUUUAUAAAUGUCCUAACUAGUUAGGCCUAGGACAGUCUGAAAAAAUAAUGAGUAAAUGGAAUGUGUUCUA